AUGACGAUUUACAUAUAUCCUUUAAUACACUCUUUAGAAGCAGAUAAAUUGGAGUAUAUCGAACGAGCAGCUGUGCAUGUCGAUAAGAAUGGUACGAUUACUCAAGUGGAGAGGUUAGAAUCAGAUAAAGUGUAUAAUGAUGAAGAAAUAAUUAGCGCUCAAGAAAACGAGUUCUUGAUACCAGGUUUUGUUGAUACGCAUGCUCAUGCUCCUCAAUUUGCUAACAUUGGCUAUGGUUUCAACUUAGAGUUGCUCGAUUGGUUACACGAAGUGACAUUCCCAACGGAGGCUAACUACGAAGAUGUAGAAAUGGCUCAAUCGGAUUUCAGUAGGGUCGUUGCAGCGACGCUGAGUGUCGGUACGACAACAUGCUCGUAUUAUUCAAGCUUACAUUCAGAAGCUACAAAGAUAUUAGCAACUGCUUGUCAUAACCUUGGACAGCGUGCUCUUGUUGGUAAAGUCAAUAUGGAUCAGAAUUGUCCAGAAUAUUACAGAGAUCAAUCAGCAGAAAUAUCAUUUGAGCAAACAAAAGAAUACGUUGAUUACGUCAAACAUACACUCAAAUCUAGUCUUGUUCAUCCAGUUAUCACGCCUAGAUUUGCGAUUUGUUGCUCACCAGAACUACUUUCUCAAUUAGGGGACUACAUAAAGAAUGAGAACUUACACAUGCAGACACACCUCAGUGAGAACAAAGGUGAAAUUGACUUUACAUUGAAAUUAUAUCCAAAUGAUGAAACAUACACACAUAUAUAUGCUAAUAGAGGGUUACUCACUGAUAAAACUAUACUAGCUCAUUGUUGUCAUCUUUCAGAUAUUGAAAUUGAUUUAAUUAAGAAGCACAACAGUGGUAUUAGCCAUUGCCCAACUUCAAAUUUCCACCUUCGUAGUGGUAUUACCGAUGUCGAUAAAUUAAUCAAUGGAGGCCUGAAGAAGAUCGGUCUUGGUAGUGAUUGUAGCGCUGGAUACGAGAUGGGUAUCUUACAAACAUUGAGGACUGCCUCAACUGCCAGCAAAGCACUUGCGAUGGUACACGAAAAAGAUACCUACCUUAGGGUUGAUAGACUUUUUUAUUUGGCAACACUUGGAGGUGCUCGUGUUUUAGAUUUGGACAAACAAAUCGGUAACUUCCUAAAGUCUUUUCAAUUCUGUCAAGCAGUCAGACUUAUCUCCGUUAGAGAGACUCAAAAGAGAUUUUGA